AUGAUUCUUUCAAUCUUUUCGUUUCAGUCUAUCGAUAAAGUUUACGAAAAAGACGCCGGACAACGGAAUGCUCUCGUCAUCGUCCGACCUCCAGGGCAUCAUGCAUCUGCUUCGAAAUCUAGUGGAUUCUGCAUAUUCAACAAUGUAGCAGUUGCUGCAAAGUAUGCCCAACGCCGUUAUAAAGCGAAACGAAUUCUGAUUCUGGAUUGGGAUGUACAUCACGGUAAUGGAACACAAGAGAUAUUCUAUGAGGAUGCCAACGUGAUGUAUAUGUCAAUUCAUCGUCACGACAAGGGAAAUUUCUAUCCAGUUGGCGAACCAAAAGAUUAUUUCGAUGUUGGAGAAGGGGCUGGAGAAGGAAUGUCAGUUAAUGUGCCGUUUAGUGGAGCACAAAUGGGAGAUAUCGAGUAUCAAAUGGCAUUUCAACGUGUAAUUAUGCCGAUUUCCUACCAAUUCAACCCAGAUCUUGUGCUCAUUUCGGCUGGUUUUGAUGCAGCUAUAGAUGAUCCUUUGGGUGAUUAUAGGGUGACUCCCGAAACAUUCGCCCUGAUGACAUACCAAUUAUCGUCUUUGGCUUCCGGGCGCGUUAUCACAGUUCUUGAAGGAGGAUAUAACCUAACUUCCAUCUCAAAUAGUGCUCUUGCUGUCUGUGAAGUUCUUCAAAAUCGUGCAAUGCUCCGGCGAUUACGAGAUGAAAAAGAGCAAUUUGCAUCGAAACCUCAAAAAUUGGAAUCCUCAAGUAUCAAGACUAUUCGAGAAGUUUGUGCAUUGCAGCAGAAGUACUGGAGUAUUCUGAAAGGAUUUCAGAUAAUCUUCGGAAGUGUGCUCAAUUCGAAACUUGUCAACAAGAAUGGAAAAUCCAAUGCAGCUACAUUGAAAGUUAAAACAAAAGCAGCAACCGACCCAAUUGAACCAAGUAGCAGUCGUCGCUACAAUACUCGACGACAAAAUCGUCGCCGUUCGGAUAAUUCUGAAGUGGAUGAUGUGAUGGCGAAGAUUGAAAAUAUGAAACUAUAA